AUGCGUCAGGCGGUUCAAUUGACCUGGACCGAUAUGGCCACCCUGUACAAACACAUAGUGGAACAGGUGGCAGAAGCACCCGCAGCCAAAGGGCUCAGUGUCAUUUGUACGGCUGCUGUAGCCACCCUGGUAAUUGUCGCUUUGCUCAAACCCCUUUAUUAUCGCACUUGGCAUCCGUUGUCUCGCUUUCCCGGUCCUCCAGCGGCCGCUUCAUCGCGGCACUGGAUCUACAGAGUGACCGACCGUGGCUUUCCGGAGGAGGACCUCGAAAAGCUCCAUAAGAAGUAUCAAACGCAAGCUCUACGCAUUGGACCCAACGAGCUACACAUUACCGAUGUUUCCAAAUACAAGGUUAUAUACAGUCAAAGCAAACCAUUCCCGAAACAUGGAGAGUUCUAUGAAGCUUUCAACACGCCCCAUACAGCCUUCACCGAGAUCGAUGCAGGAAUGCAUAAAGAGCGCCGACGGCUACUGAAUCCUUUCUUCUCCCGAGCAGGCGUCUUCAAACUUGAACCCAUCAUUCAUGACAAGGUGGGUAUUCUUAUAAACAAAAUUCGCCGACUUGAGAAUAGCCACAAUAUCAAUGUGUAUGAUGCUUUUAGGUGCCUUACUACAGAGGUCAUUAUGGAAUUCGCCUUUGCGAGAUCAGCAAACAUGUUGGAAGAGAGUGAAACUACUUUUGAGUCCUGGUUUCUGGUCGCCUUCGACGCCGUUGCCCGAAGCCUCUGGAAAAUGCAGGAGUGGCCCAUCGCUCGGAAAGCCUUGGGGGUUAUGCCCGUGAAUGUCAUAAGCCUCUUGGAUUCCAACAUUGUGAAUGUUUUGAAAAUGUUCAAGUUUGCGGAAAGCUGCCUUAUGCACUACGAGGAGCACGGAAAUACGACCUCUCACCCUGUUGUAUUCGAGAACCUAUCUUCCCUGCCGCACGACCUCAAGGUCGGUGAGGCAGUUGACAUACUUAUUGCGGGAGCUGACACUACAGCGUCAACCCUUACUGCUGGCUUUAUGCAUAUACUUUCGAACCCAGCUAUUUAUGCCAAAUUAGCAGACGCUCUUUGGGGAGUGGACAUCACAUCCAAUGAUCCUUCAGCGGCUCAGCUUCAAGAGUUAGAAAAGAUUCCUUACUUGACUGCCUGUGUCAAGGAAUCUCUCAGGAUCGCCAUGCCGGUGCCUGGACGCCUGCCGAGAGUCGUUCCCCAAGACCUCGCUGAGCCGUUCGUUGUUGAUGGACAAGUCAUCCCACCCGGUACCAUUGUCUCCAUGUCAACCUACACAAUGCAUACCAACGAAGAGGUUUGGGGUCCCGACGCUCGCGUCUUCAACCCCGACCGUUGGCUUCACCCGGGAGCAAAGUCUUUAGAGCAGUACCUUUGUACAUUUUCCAAGGGCGCUCGCAUGUGCAUUGGUCAAAAUGUCGCGUACGCUGAAGUCACAAUUGUGAUGGCGUAUCUAUUUAGGAACUUCGACAUUCAGCUGCCGCCUGGUUUCCGUGCACCCGAGAAGAAGGAUCUAUUUACCAUGGAGUAUUCGAAACCUGGAUUACCCUUGAGGUUCUCCAGUCUAAAAUUAAAAUGA